UUAUCCAUGAUUAAUUCGGGGCGAUACAAUUCAUUUCGACGAGCUGACGAGGCUGAGGCAGGUCCAAAGGCUAUUCUGAAUCUGAAGGAGGAAAAGAGAAGAGAUCGGGAAGAGAGGAUGCAUUUAAGCGAGAAUGAAGGCAUAGAGGACAAGAAGUUCGUAGUUACCGGUGGACUCGGAUUCAUCGGCUCUGCUCUAUGCUUAGAGCUUGUCCGAAGAGGUGCUCGCCAGGUCCAAGCCUUUGAUCUCCGACAAUCUUCUGCUUGGUCCAAUCUUCUCGAUCGUAAAGGAGUCAUCUGCAUUCAAGGGGAUGUCACCCGAAAAGAAGAUGUUGAAAGUGCCCUGCGUGGGGCGGAUUGUGUGUUCCACCUUGCCUCCUUUGGUAUGUCAGGAAAAGAGAUGCUCCAAUUUGGUCGUGUUGAUGAUGUCAAUAUUAAUGGGACUUGCCAUGUUUUGGACGCUUGCCUUCUCCAUGGCAUCAAAAGGCUUGUCUAUGUUAGCACAUACAAUGUUGUCUUUGGCGGUAAGGAGAUUAUCAACGGAAACGAGACUUUGCCAUAUUUCCCAAUCGAUGACCAUGCUGAUCCAUAUGGGCGCAGUAAAUCAAUUGCUGAACAGCUGGUUCUAAAGAACAAUGGCCGCCCUUUUAAGAAUGGUAAUGGGAAUUUUUACACUUGUGCCGUACGUCCAGCUGCUAUUUAUGGACCGGGCGAAGAAAGGCACCUUCCGAGGAUCAUAGCCAUGUCAAAGUUGGGUCUGUUCUUGUUCAGAAUUGGUGACCCUAGUGUUAAGUCAGACUGGGUUUAUGUGGAUAAUCUUGUACUUGCUCUUAUACUGGCAAGUAUGGGACUUUUGGACGGUGAUCCUAGGCAAGGAAAACACCCUAUCGCUGCUGGCCAGGCAUACUUUAUAUCUGAUGGUUCUCCGGUCAAUAGCUUUGAAUUCAUCCAGCCUCUAGUUAGAAGUUUGGGUUAUGAACUACCAAGGACUUCCUUAGCUGUCAAUCAUGCUCUUUUUCUUGCAAGGUUUUUUUGGGGAGUCUAUACAAUCUUAUACCCAUGGCUGAAUCGGUGGUGGCUUCCUCAGCCAUUUAUACUUCCCUCUGAAGUACACAAGGUGGGGGUUACCCAUUAUUUCUCUUACCUUAAAGCCAAGGAGGAAAUUGGUUAUGUUCCCAUUGUGACUCCUCCAGAGGGGAUGGCUUCAACCAUAUCUUACUGGCAAGAGAGGAAAAGGAUAUCUAUGGAUGGGCCUACAAUCUACACAUGGCUACUUGUUGUCACUGGAAUGGUCUCACUAUUUUGUGCUGUGUGCUUGCCUGACGUAGGAUUUGUGCCACAUCUCAGAUCCCUCAGCGUUUUCAUACUUCGGUCAAUGUGGUGCGCGAAGCUGGUGUUUUAUCUAUCCGCAUUUGCGCAUGUUUUGGAGGCCUUGUAUGCUUGGAACCUGGCCAAAAGGGUGGACCCCGCGAAUGCAAAUGGUUGGUUCUGGCAAACUUUCGCCCUUGGCUUCUUUUCGUUGCGUUUUCUGUUGAAGAGAGCAAGGAAAUAAGCUUUGGAUUCUACUUCUGUUCGUCGUGUUUUCUGUGGUAGAAAGCAAGGAAAUGAGCUUGGGGGUCCUUUUUUUUUUUUUCCCGGGUGCCAGCUCUGGCACGUGUUUUGAAGUUUGAAACACAGCAGCAAACCACAGAAGGCACAAAGUAGCUUGGAUAUCCCUUCUAUGCCCUCAAUGAUAAACUCUUGCUACUACAAGGGAAUUUACUUGUUGAUCUUUCUAGCGGGAGGCCAUGCAUGAACAUAAAGGAAGGCUGAAAACAAGAGGAAAAUUAAUUAUUUUGAUUCAAAAUAA